AUGCAUCGCUUCCUCCACUCUACUCGUUCUAUUUACAUUAUCUCUAUGCAGAGCUCUGCCAUUCAACAGCGGAGUCGACUUAUAAGUCAAAGAACCCAACCUGCCAGAGAUUCAAAUCCCGUAAACAUGUUCAAACCAUAUAACCUUACUCCCUUAGACCAUUUUGCGCCUCCAUUAAAUCUCAGUUUCUCUCUCGAAUUUAGUUUGAUUGGCAAGAAUCGUGCGCAGGCCCUUCAGCGAAUGGAGGAUGCAAUAACCCGUGUGGCCUCCAAGUUUCCCUUCUUGACUGGGAUGGUAGCAUCAUCUACCGAGCGAGAUGGCAAUAACAGCACACUUCAGGUGCGGCCUGCCACUGCUGCCGAGUUUGAAGAGUGCCCUAUGGUAAUCACUCAACAUCAUUCAGAAUCUACCGCUCUCACCAUGGAUGGGAAAUUCAACCCUGCCUUGAUGCCGUUUCCAGUCGUCUGCCCACCACGUAACCCUUCUCCUGUGCUACGGUGGAAAGCUAAUGUGAUAGGAGACGACUUGCAUCUGGUCUUGUGCUUCGAUCACCGAGUAAUGGACGGGUCAGGGAUCUUCGUUUUACUCCGUGCUUUCGCCGCAUUCUGCCGUGAUAUAAAUGCCCCGGGACCAUCCACCACUCCACAGGCGCAAGAAGAAACAAGACAGCAUCUCGAGGAAGUCGCAUCUACAGCCACACCGCGCGAUCUUCAAUGGACGACCAUUCCUACCCCAACAAGCGAGGCCCCAGAUUCUAGUCGAGUACCUAUCAAUUCUCCUCAUAUAUUCGAUGGCCAAAAGAUAAAAUUGCUGCUCGACGCCUGCAAUUCGGCUUUACAGUCUGUUCCUGAGAAAUAUAGGAAGGAUCUUCCCGAGAUGUCUCUUCGACCGGGUCUGCUCGUCAGUGCGCUGCUGGGCAUAUGUAGCAAUCGCGCCCGCUUGAGGGCUUUCCCCAAUGAGCCGGAACUCUCGUCCGACAUGUGCAUCGCCGAAAAUCUUCGAAAGGUACUCAAUUUACGUCGGGGAUAUUUCGGAAAUACUAUCGCAGCCACCCAAAGCAAGUGUGAUGGCUCUACGCAUCCUCCGCCUGAAAUCUUACAGAAUAUUCAUGCGCCAGAGUCUCUCGGGCCGGUAGGGCCAGAGGAUAUCUGGCGGGUCUGUAAUGUUGCCCAGUCUCUUCAGGAAGCAUCCGGACGCCUGGACAAGCAGUAUGCGGAGGGAACAAUCGCAACAAUAUCCCACAGACAUGAUUGGAGUUCGUUCCGACCCGGGUGGGGGGUGGUGAAUUUCCUUGUAUCUGAUAUCAAGUCAGCAUCGCCUUAUGAGGACUUUGGGCCACUCGGAGACCUUCGGUUGUUCGACUUCCCUUUCAUUGCACAACCUGGCUAUUGCAGUAUAAUACCUAACCUUCCGUCUGAUUCUGCAUCGCCAUAUCCAUGCUGGAGAUUGAGAUGGGUUUUGGAACGGGCGGCGAUGGAGUGUCUAUCGAACGAUCUUCUCUUUCAGUGGGCUUCAACUCCUAGUACAGCCUUGACACAAGCCAAGAUCUAG